AUGCUGAAAAACGCCAUGGCCGUGGCGAAGAGUGUAAGUGCGUCCCCACCGCACCUUUGGCGGAAAUUCGAACCGAAUUUCAGAUCGGCUCGAAAACCCGAUCGAGAAGCGGCAGUCGUGAGAAGAUUCUCAAAGAUUCGGUGGUUCAGGCGUCGCCGUCAGCACGAGAAGCCGCGAAAGUGAUCAAGGCGACGGCGGUUGAGGAAAACGGAAAUUGAUUGGCGACGGUCGAGCAACUGAGAGAGAGAGAGAGAGAAAUCGUGUUUCAAAAUGGAUUCCGACGAUCGGAUACUAUCGAUCAAUAAACUUUUUUGUAUUUUUUCACGAUUUCUUCAUCAGUCUUUAUGCAACUCUAGAGCUAGACCAAGCUUGUCAAAGGCUUUUGACCCAUGAUCGGACAGGCUUCAUGGACUUGGAUUGAAGUAUUUUGGGGCCAAGUUUCAGACCGAUCAUCAGACUGGACUAUCUGGUCCCGAGCAGAGUUGAGCGGAAUUCCGCCUUCCGCCUUCCGCUUUCCGCCGUUUUUUUCAUCCCGCCAUUCCGCCGCAAAAAAAUUUCAUUCCGCCUCCGCGUUUCGCCAAAAAAAUCAUAAUUCCGCCUCUAAAAGGUUUUGAAAUUCAUUUUUUUUUUCGAAUUACCGCGCUUUUUUUUCGCAACGACGCUCCGAAAUAACGCGUCGCUCAGUGUUUACUUUCUGUUUAUUUUCGCAAUUCGAAUAGUUUUUCUUUAAUGUUUUCACUUCAAAAAGGGACUUCCUUCGGAUCCACUUACAGAAAACCCAUCCAGAAGUACUCGAAGGGGUUCAAUUUUCAUAUUCCUAAACGAAUUACGUAAUAUUCUACAGACCGUGAAGGAAGAAGAAGAGAGAAAGAGAAUUGUUCACUGCACGGCUCAAGAAAGAUCUCAGACGACUCUACAAUUUCGAGUAGUACUCCCGAGAUGUAAUGGCUUGAGGCCGAAAAGGCUAGGUUUUUGUGAACAUGUGGAUUUUAGGCAGAACGCGAAGUCUCAUCACAAUCAGGCGGUGUAAAGAUGAAAUAACACUUAAAAAAAGGUAUGUAUAUACCUUUUGCAUACACUUUCAGUGUAGUUAAUACAUUUCAUCCGGUGAUCUGUCUAGCGAAAACACAAAAAAACUCCUCGUGGCUAAAAUAUAUAAAACGGGUGUCUGAAACCGGACACCCACGCUUUUCGUAGUGUUUUUGCCACGUUUCCUCCCUUUUCUCUCUCUCUUUUCCGCUCGUUCCACGCAGAAGGGGAGAAGCCACCGGCCGAGGGCGCUUUCGCAAAAAAUGGAUCAGAGAGAGAAAGAAAGAGAGAGAGAGAGAGAGAGAGAGAGAGAGAGAGAGAGAGAGAGAGAGAGAGAGAGAGGAAAGAGCAGACUAAUAAUUACUUUGAGAGAGAAAAGAGAGAGAGAGAGAGCGAGAGUUGGCGGAAAUUCCCCCUCUACGCGCCCUCCUUCCUCUUCUUCCGCUUUUUCGCUUUCUCUUCAUCUUCUUUUUCAUCAUCUUCUUCUUCUUCUUCUUUGCCAUUCUCUUUGGCGUUCCGCACAAACUCAUAGAUUUUCGCCGCGUAUUCUUGUGUGUCAUGUCCAUUUCCGCCAGAAUUCUGUUUUUCCGCACAUUUUUCACCUGCGGGCCGUCUUAAACGCGUGGCGGGCUACUGUAGAUGGGUUUGUGAGUAAAGUGUCGUCUGCACACUUUUCAUCCUACCGUAAUUCUUUUUUGUUUUUCUAGACCGCUAGAGCUUCUGGAUUGUUCAUAGGCCACCCAUUUUUCGUGCUCUUACAAUAUUUUCUCCCCUAAAAUCGCCGAAUCUGAGUGAAUGUGGAUGCGUCGAUAAAAUAGCGGAGCGAACAGAAGAAAAAGGAGAGAGAUGUGCAUGGGUGUGCACGCUAAUUGAGUUCCUUUUCUCUCUCUCUCUCUUUCUCUUUUCGUUCCUUUAGGAUAACCCCUAAAGCCCCAUAAAGAGCGGAGAUUUGUGUCGGGGGUGAAACCGAAUCAAUUAUUAUUCUUUUGUGUGUCUCUCUCGCUCUCUCGAAUUGCCAAUGAAUUCACAAUGAGCGCUUUACCCCCACAAGACCCUUUUCGUUCCAUUUUUUCGUUUUGCGGUGGCCUAGGAUUCUUGGGGAAAGUUUGACCCUCACAGACUUCAUCUUGAGUACGGCCUAGAAUUCCAUUAGUACAGAAAGUUAGGCCACUAUCAUCUUUCAAACAUUUUCUGGCCUAACUUCUCCCAAAAAGCUAGGGCACCCCGCACUAAUCCUCUUGAACGGGCUAUUCUCGGAAGAGCCGGAUGAGAAUGUUAUGACGUCAAAUCCCACGCACGUUCGUUUUCAGUUUUAGGAAAGAAAUGGGGGUUGGAUGUGGACAAUUUAUGAUAAAUGAGGCCGACUUCUAGACACCUCUAAUGGCCGUUUAGCGUUCCAAAGAUCUUUUUAUUCUGCUUUUGCUUUUUCUUCUUCUUCUUUUUCUCAUUGCCUUUUCCGUCCCACUCAUCCUAGGGAGCGUCGCGUCAAUUUGAGUGAAUUCGAGUGUGAAAGUCGUUAGCCUGACUCAUCCUUCAUCUUUCUCCCUCUUUCUCUCUUCACCGAACUGCUUCCUUCCUACUAGGCUUGACGCUAAAGUUUUUUGUCCUUUGUCCCCUCCUACACUAUGUACUCUUUCGUGGCCUAGCUUUCUCCUAGAAGAAAAUCUUUGCCAUUAGCCUUUCCUCAGCCUUUGGCCUAGCUUUCCAAAAUUGAAUCGUGGUCUACGCAAGCAAAUUCUAGGCCACAAUAGUUGUCCGUCCUUCGUGGCCGAGCUUCACAAACCUUGCCUUAUUUCCCUAUGUUCCUCGUGGCCUUGAGAUCUCACAUUUCAAGCCCUGUGGCCUAACUUUCCCCUCCAGAAAUACAUCCUCUUUCCCUCUUUCUCCUGUCUCUGAGAUCAAAGUCCUCGCUCUCAUCUGACGUCUUCUUCUUUGGCCCCUUCGUCAACGUCUUCUUCUUCUUCCCCGUCGUCGUCUUGAAAUGAAAUUGAAUAGAAAAUGAAACUUUUCAUGUCCAGGACGUCGUUUGCACAUCAUCUCCUGAAAAUGACACUGAGCCCCACCACUUCCGGCAAUUCCAGAUAUUACAUCCAACCCUUUCUCUUUCGCAGCACGCGCCACGAUAACGUGUUUUUCGAGAGAGCCGCUUAUCGAUGCGAUAUCCGGUCUCAUCGACACAUAAAAGAGGAAAAAACAUGUUUAGGGCGCGUGCUGGUAGACACUUUUUUAUAUUUACGAAUAGUCGUUAGUGAUAUUUAUGUAAAGUUGUACAGUUGGCACUAAUGAGGGGGCGGAGUCUGCGGAGCCCCGAGAGAUACCUUCGAGCAGCUUUACUCUGUAGUUGUUGUUUGAAAAAGUGUUAAAUUUCAGCUGUGUACGCUUAUUUUCUACUAGAUAUAGGUAAAAGUGAUCACACAAUAUCGGUUUGUACUCAACUGAAAGUGGGCCAACUUUCAACGAGUAUUGUAGAAUCAGAAGUGGUCCAAUCAAUUUCAAAUUUGUUUUUUCUGAAAUCUUCAAGUCUAGUACAUUAUUUUUGUAUUUGAAAACUUUUUUCUACGCGCACUCCCUAGGAUACUGUAGCUCCUCAAAAGUGGUUCAACUUCAUGGACCUACAGUAGGCCAAGGAGUGGCCUACUACAAAAGUAAUGUACUAGAUGUGAAAUUUUCAGAAAACAAAUUUAGGGCAAAUUUAGGGCUACUUUUGAGCCUGGGACGGUCCCUCAAAGUUGACCAAUUCAAAGAAGUGUAAAUUUAAUCGAUAUUAUCGAUCUCCACCCUCUAUGACACCCACCUAAUGGAUUAAUAGAGUUUGCACACAGUUGCAAAGUGCCCUCUUUUCAGUCCUCACUAUUUUGUUGCUGUUCUCCCCUUGGGAUCAAGAAGACUGAUCAAUCAUAGCGACAACCCGAACCAAACCAAAAACGCGUUUUUUCCCCGACUCUUCUAACCCGCCCGAGCUCAUAUUCGAGCCAGUUCCGGCAGUUUUCUGCCUCCUAAUCCGAUUCUCCAAAUCUCUCACCUCUUUUCUCACAUUAUUAUUCGUUUUGCUUGACGUCUCUUCUGAACGAAACUAGAAACAUUUGCAGAGAGAGAGAUGCACGGUUCGAAGAGCGAGUACGGUUUUCGGAGACCCACUUUCAGCUUUUCCAGACCGGUAAUAGUUAUUCAGCAAGUCCCCAAAGUGUUAUCAUGGUGUUCACAUUUUCAGACCGAAUUUCUGGGUACAAUUCGGGAAGAGACGCGUGAAAGCGCCCGACUUUUGGAUGGAAGGAGCAGCACGAAAAAGAAGACGUCCGUCAGCACGCUGGUUCCGCAAAAGUCGGCCACUUUUCACGGACUUCACGAUCUGCGCAAGUGCAGUGAGUUCGAAUGCUUCUUCAAAUGUACAGUAAUAGUGUGUGUUCGAUAAUUUUGAAAGCGCAUGGUUCUGCGCCUUUAAAACACUAAUAGUAACUUCUUUUCACUUUAUUCAAGUACUAUUCAUUCACAUCAAUUCAUCUCAGUUGCCGGUAGUGAUAUCAAAAAGUUGUCAACUAACAUAUUGUUCAUCAAGAAAUUGUGCUCAUUUCAUGACUUGACAACUUUUUGGUAUCUUCAACGGCAACUGAGAUACGUCGUUUUGAAUAGACGGUGUCUGGGGGCACCCUUCUAUUACAGUGUUUACGGUUUGAUUUCCAGUUGUUUUUGUGUUAUCUCUGCAAAAUUUGAAGGUGCAUUUGAUCUACCGCCGGCACAAAAAGUUGUUUGUGUCCUAGACGCACAACAAAUCGGCCACAUUUGACCUACCUCUCUCAAAAAUUCUGCACAAACAACGCAAAAACAAUGGGGGACAUUUGAGAAGUGGGAAAUGGAACACUCUUGACUUUUGAGCUCAUCUCUCUUGUUUUUGUUGUUGUUUACCCCUUUUUCAUGAACGGGCGGCCCCCAAAUACUUGUCUCUCGUAGUAGUCAGACCCGCCGUCCAAAAGUAAGAGGGGGGGUUCGACGGGGAACAGCAGCACACUGAUAGAGCCGCGAGAGAGUACUUGGAGCCGGAGAGACGCGGAUAGAAAGAGAGCAUACACUGAGACCCCCUCCCCCCACAAACACCCAAAAAAGUUUGUUCCACUUUCACUUUCUCUCCCUCUUCUUCUCAAUAUAUACAGUAAUCCCGCUAUGUUUACUAUCAUAACAUCAAGAAAAAGCAAGCACGACAAAAAUUCAUGAGUCUCUUGGGUCCCCCUCUUCUUGUAAAGGUCCUUUUCGGUUGAGCGGAGAACAACAUCCUCGUUUCGUUUCGCUUUUUGAGUGAUCGGUCCUUUUGGGUCUUUUUGGGUUACUGUAGGCCGGCUGCACACUCCCCCACUCCCAAAGAAUAGGCCAUUUUGAACUCAAAACGUUUCACCCCCACACUUCUAUUCUUUUCAUGUUCUUUUCUGCAGAAGUUCAAAAUUGCUCGACGCACAUUGUGACGAGCUCUCCGACGUCUUCUUCAUCGUCAUCUUCGUCUCCGUCUCCGUCUCCUUCGUCGUCGUCGUCGUCGACGCCUUCAGAAUACAAAGUGAGUGUCGCGCAUUGUCAAUGUAUAGACGGCGAAAUUGCAGGAGAAGCUGAAAAGAUUGCAUUCUGGAGCAUCCGCCUCGUGUGCCACGUCAUCAACGUCAUCGUCGACGACGACGACGACGACCAGAAAACGAUCGAUUUUCUACGAGGUUUGUUUGAUUCGAUAAUAUAUCAAUCGAAUUAUGGCAAAGUCAAAAAACAAACACAACACUUCUUUCCAACUCUAUUUCAGUCUUCUCAUCAUUAUCUCCAUGAGAAGCUUAUAAUAAUUUUGUACUGAAAAUACGUGGAAAAACAAAAGUACACCGUUCUUCUUCUUCUUCUUCUCGUGUUUUCGCUUCUUUUGAAGUGUACGUCAUCGGAAUCGAGUUUCGGUGGAAUCAGAACUGAAAUUGUGGAAGUUUGGAAGAACCGAGAGCUGUCAGUUGAGAAUCCCAAAAGUUUGACUGGACCGAGUUCCAUAGGACUUCUAGGUGAGAUGAAUGAUGGGUUCAACUUGAGGAAUCCAGCAAGAACCGAGAAAUGUUAGUGUUCCCUAUAAGUUUGACCCUUGGAAUUGAAAGUUGCUUAGACUUGUAGAUAGGGCACACGAAGAUCCAAGAAGAGUUUGUUGAGGAUCCUAUAAGUUUCAGGUCUUUCAAAACUUAAGAUUUCGGGAAUUCCAAACCUUAUUUGGCUCAACUUUUACAAUUUCAGAUCUGAUUUCCCAAACUAGAGCACCUGGCCGGGUACGAGAAAGUACUGUUAGUUGAGGACUCCCAAAAUGAACACAUUUUUCUGGACCGGUGUCUUGUCUUAGGACUUGUAGAUAGGGUGCAACAUGUGUGAUCCACCAGGAACCAAGAAGAGUCAAUUGAGAAUCCCAUAAGUUUGUUCCAGAAUUCCAGGACUUGUUGGUCAUUCAAGACGAUUUAUCUCAACUGCCGCUAGAGAUAUCAAAAAGUGUUCAACUAACAAAUUGCUCGUCAAAACUUUUCGCACAUUUCAUCAGUUUACUACUACCUUUUGAUACCUCUACCAACAGCUGAGAUAAAUAGUUCUGAAAAGAAGAUAGUUGGUACCUAUUAGUUCUCUCUCUCUCUCUUUGGGAGUUUAGUCUAGUAUUUGGAAGUUUUAGUCCCACUGUUUAGGAUCAGAUGCUAUUGGUCAGACUCUCAACCCUUACGGACCAAGUGCCAGCAGUAGUAGUAAUAUUGUGCGUAUGUGCAACAAUCGUGCCCCUUCCUUCCGCUUCUUGUUCGAAGUUCCUUCUCCUCCUCCUUCUACUCCUUCUCCUACUACUUCUUCUUCUUCUUCUUCUUCUUCUUUGCCACCGCUGCCCGUCUAUGCCCAUUUCCGCCCCCUUUUCUUUCCCUUUUCACACUGCUUUUUCAUCUAUACAAAGAUUUCUUCACAUAAAUGACUUAUGAAAUUCUUUCAGUUAUGAAAUAUUGUUUUUGUGUGUGUAGGAGGUGUCUUAUCAGCCAAGUGUAUAGAAAUUGAUAUUGUACAACUCUUCUUUUGAUGUUUUUCAAACUGAUAUUGUUGAAAUCGAAUGGAAGAGCACUGGUUUUUCGUGCAAUUUUUACUUUUCCAUAAUGGAUUUUGAAGGUCUUUGUAAAACCUCUAUAUCUCAGUUGUCGGUAGAGAUAUGAAAAAGUUGUCACAUGAUAAAAUGUACAUAAUUUCUUGAUGAACAAUAUCAUAGUUGACAACUUUUUCAUAUCCAGCUGACAUUGUGAGUUACAUAGUUUUGAAUGAACAGUAGGCUCGAAAGUUUUCAAAAGUUUUUUGGUUUUUCUUAUUUCCGACGCGAAUUCUGCACAAAUAAGCAUGUUCUCGUUCCAGAUUUCACGCAUAUUUGCCUCCUCCUUCUUCUCUUCUUCUUCUUCUUCUUCUUCUGGUGAUGGUGGUACCAGACACGAGCCCAACCACUCGGGACUGCCUCAAGAGAGUGUUCGGUUACAAAAACAUCCGUUCUCUCUCUGUCUCUCUCUCUCUCUCUCACACUUUUUUGAUACAAGAAGAAAAAGCCCGCGGAGCUCACUUUGCUCCCCUAGAACAUUGUCGAUUCAUAACUUUUGUGAGCUCAAAACGACGACUUGCGCUUCUUCUUCUUCUCCUUCUUCGUGUGCUCGAAAAAGUGAGAGAGAGAGAGAGAGUGUCAAAAUGACACUUUUUAUAAGAGAGAAGACGUGCUUUUUCUUCUUCUUUUUCUUCUUCUUCUCCUCUUACUUCUUGAGCUCUCUCUCUCUCUCUCUUCUCCUUCUCCUUCUCCUUCUCCUACAACUUCUCGUUUGCAAUGAAUGUGUGUGUGACACUAAAAGUCCCCCUUUUGAGAGGUUCUUGGAAAAAAGAUGAUGUUUCCCACUUUUUUCAGCCUACCCAACAACUUUUGUAGAAAACUACUAGAAAUUGAGCCCCAAGAAAAUGGGCUUCUUCUCGUCCGCUCGACUGCCCACAGUGCACAGGCCCUCUCGUUCGGAUUGGAUUUCCCACUUCUUCUCCCUCUUUCUCUUCCUAUUUCUCGCCUACUCGUGGUAAUUAGCAUUUGCUCUUCUCAUCCUACUCCUCCGCACCAACAAGAUUCGAAGAUUCCCCUUCCUAUUUUUUCAUUUCCAAACCGCUAUUAUCUUUUUUCUUGUGUGCACACAGAAUGAAUAGAAGACGAGAAGAAGAAGAAGAAGAAGAAGAAGAAGAAGACGUGACUGGAAUAAGAAUCGAGCAAAAAACAGCGAUGAAAAUGAGUCACUUUCCAUUUUUCCGCCCCCUAACCACCUAGUCAGUUCGAGCACUUUUGAAAAGAGGAGGAAGUGAAGCGGAACUAUAUAACUAGGUUAUGAAGUAUUACACUUCUCUCUCUCUCUCUCUCACUCUUUAUAAUUGGGCGGUCCCUAUGUGAUCCUUACUACGGAUCCAAAGUUUGGUCCCAGGGGUCUAUCAUAGGAACUGAGGCGAUUUCUAGGGUCUGGAGGAAAGUCCGCAAAAGUUGGACGAUUUUCCAAGGAUCUAGGAACUCUAGAGCUAGGUGUAGGACUUUAGGAUCAAAGUUUUCAAAGCCACUCUUCUUUUUAGUUGGUCCACAUUGAGGUAUUGUAUAUUUUAGAUUCUUUACCAAACGAGCGACAACAAAUUUGCAUCAGAAACGCGUCUAUUCAUGAACAUCUGUCCUCCUCUCAUCACUCGUUCUUCAAUAACGAGACCAGGACCGCCGGCUGUCGAAAUGCACUUCCCAUCUGCUCGGCUUUUCAAGACCCGCGCCAUUUUAUGGUUUUGCACUGAGCAUCCAACGAGAUCACCGGCACUUUUUUGUUUUUGAGUGAGUUGAUAGGGUUCAGUUCAAGGGAUCAUCUCUAGGACUUGCGGAUUGAGGGUUCUGGACCAGAACUUUAUAGCCAAGGUUCGGUCCCAAGUCCCAAAGAUGAUCGAAAUGAUCCCUUCUCUCACAAAAAGGUCACAUUCCUCCCUUUGUCAAAGUACCUUUAAACUAUAGACGACCUCUUUCCUCUUUCCUCUUUUUCUCCUUUUUGUCAAAGGAUCCCUCUUUACCACACCCGUAGUUUUGAAAACACAGCGUUUCCGUUGUCCGCGCGAGCGUUCUCAGUAUCAAAACACACCAUUUUUCCUUUUUUGCUCGAUCGAUGUUCAUGGCGAGCGAGAAACGAGCGAAAACAUUGGCGGAAAAGUGCGGCUUGCGUGUGUGCCCACCCAAAUCAAGCAUUCUGAGCCCGGCUCAAAAGAGACGGCUCCAAAAGUUGUGUGACACGUGGCGCAGCCAAAACCCCCAAACUUGAGCUAAUCCAAUCUUGCAAAGGAUUUUGGAUUCUGGGAUUAGGAAUACUUCUCGUAAUCUUGCUCAAAUCUUCAACGAACCGCCCAUUUCUCCUUCUUACAUACGCAUUUCCUCUCCCUUGCUUGCUCCAUUUCCAGUGAGCUCACCGCUUACUCGCAAAGCUCAUUUCCUAUUCCCCCUUCCCCUCGUUUUGCACUUGUACCGUCCUUUCUUUUCCCGCUCCCCAGCCAGUCACACCCUCGAGCACUCUAUUCUGACUCACUUUUCCCUUCCUCGACUUGCUUUUAGAGAGUUUUUGUUUUCUUACUUUCAAUCUUGACUUUAGACCAUAUCCUAAGCACUUGGGAUCUUUGAUCUUAGACCCUUAGGACGUGGUGGUUGGAAAGAUGUCAGACAAAUUCCCAUCAAAAUAGACAACUCGACGGGUCAGUUCUAGAAGGUCUAGACUGACUUUGAGUUACUUGGCUUGUUUUUUGUUUUCCGUCCCCAACACACUUUUUCCACUUGGAGCCAAAAGAGCAAAUAAAUACGAACUGUCAGGUGGAGAGAGAGAGAGAGAGUGUGUGCAAAAGACUGGAAGCUUGAAGAUCCAGAUCCCUUCAGAAAUGUAGAGUGCUUUCACAUUAUCUGUCAGGCAGACACUGAUAAGAGUCUAUACACAUCCUCAAAGAUUUUCGUGCCAAGACUCACUUGGAUAAUCCCUUCCCCCGUCUCCAUUUAUCCGCAUUAACACACGCAUUUCAUCUUCCCCAAACACUGGUGACUUCUUUCAUCGUUUCGUUUCGCAACUCUUCUGGACACUUUGCAACCGUCCCUUUAAUGACGUGGAAGUGGCCAAAAAACGUGCACCUGUGAAUUUUCUAGGCUCGAACAAUGACUUUUUGGAAGCUUCGGCUCAAAUUUCACACGCUCUUUUUGUUCCAAAACGGGGAAACCUUUCGUUUUCGCCAAAAAUGUGCACUACGAACUUUUCGAACGUCAUUAGGGGGGGGGGGCUUCUGACACUCAAAGUUCGAGAAUGUUGACUCAACCGGUACAAGCACCGUGACGACACCUUUCGCACUUUUGGAACUACUAUAAUCUUACAGCAAUUGUGUUAAUGGACUAUGUUACAUACUGCUAGGUACUGACUAAAGCGCUAUAAACUUGAAACACUCUGACGCAACUUUGCGCACUUUCCAACCCACCGUACUAUUAAAAGUCACACCUCAUUCGGAGAUACUACUAUCAUUCCCAUAAAUAGAAGUCAUUUGACACAUCAUCGCUCCGACUAUCAUCUUUCACAGUUGUUGUAGCGACAAACAGAUUAGAAAGUACACCAAAUCAGUGGGAUCUCUUCUUCAUUUUCUUCUGCCUGUCUUCUGUAAACAUGAUUGUGAUGGCAGAGGACCCCCCGUCUCAUGGAUGGACGCAAAGGAGACGAGGCCUAGGGAAAAGGAAAACGAACAACCCCCCUCUCCCCUAGGCCAAAAACAUGUGAUCACACACACACACACACCCGCCCGCCCCUCUCCCGUCCCUUUUGCCCCCCUCUUGUGCGGCGCCGGCCCGCUCGCUUUUUCUUUUUUAUCACAUACACACCAACACACACACACACACACAGCCCCCUAUCCCCUAGGAUCCACUAAGACGCAGGGUCUCUGUGGCGGUCCCCACUGGUUCUACGUUCACUUUUGAUUUGUGGUUCUUUACUUUGAAAUCUUUUUUAAGAAUCUCUGAAUUUUGUUGACAGUGCAAGUACUUGACGUUUCUUGAUCUUGUAUCUCUGCUAACAACUGAGAUACAGUAAUUUGAAUAAACGGCACCCAACUGAUAUUGUAGUUUCCUAGUGGUUCGGUUGAUUCAAAGCAAUAUAUCUCAGAAGAUUGUGCACAUUUUUUCUGUUGACAACCUUUUGAUAACUCUACUAGCAACUGAGAUACAUAGUUUCGAAUGAAGCAACCUCUUUCCUCCCUCCCAAAUCGUACAACCUUCCGAAUGUUUUUGUUCUGCAGCCUGGUACGGCUGACUCAGAAAGCCUGACAUCCCUCUUUCCCCCCAAAUACUUUGUUUUACUCUUUCUGACUCACUUUGUAAAAUGACAGAAACUGUACGCUUUUUGGCUCCGCCCCCAAAAUGUGAUAUGCUCUAUUCACAAGUGAAUGACUUUAGCAAUUGUAGUUCCGCCGUUUUUUUCUCUUUGCAAAAGCUGUCCACAAGAGCCGGAAAUGUAUUUUUUCGCACAAAAAGAGUGUGGGGAACGGAAAUUACACAAUUCGUUGCCUAUACAUGAACUUCCUCUCUUUUUGGUUGGAAGAAUGUUGAUGAAAACGAGCCACGUCACUUGUGUGACAGAGAAACGGAAGAAAAGAAGCAAAGGAAGAGGAGGAGAAAAAUUAAUUUGACACCCGUUUUCCUCUUGACACAUCGAGCCCGCACAUUUCCAACGUCCUCUUUUUUUGCAGAUGGGCGAACGAAUCCGCCUCUUCUCGACCGCGUCGUUCGUCUCGCCGGCCACUACGUCUUCCGGCGCCGCCGCUCCGAACACGAGGAAUCAGCAGAGGUGCAGCGAGACGACCGGAAGAGCGAGCACGACGGUGACGGCGCACGGAGGCGUCGGACUCGCAAAGUCGCACUCGCUGAACAGCUUCGACGACACCACCCGUAAGUCUUUUUACCCGAAACAUUUGAAGGGGAUAGUAUAUAGAUGCGUUUUUGACUCGUGCCCAUACUAUUUACAAGAAAUGUCAUGUCACAGGGCUGUGCAGUUCAAAUCAAGCGUUUUUGAAAGCAACUGUCAAAAACUACAAUAGCAGUUUUUCCAUUUGGGUGCCGUUUAUUCAAAUUGAUGUAUCUCAGCUGCGAGUAGAGUUAUCAAAACGGUUUCAACUGAUAAAAUUUAUAAAAUUUCUUGAUGAACAAUAGUUUAGUUCAUAACUUUUUGAUAUCUUCACCGCCAGCUGAGAUAAAUCGUCUUGAUGAAGCGGGUAAUCAACAAAAUGCUCAUAUUUCGGUAUUUGCCCAACAUUUGCAAGUGCUACACAAUAUUUCCAAUAGUACGGCUUGCCGAAGUCUUGAAAUUUAAGAAAACCUGCUUAAAAGUUAUUGAAAACCUACUAAAUCUCUCAAAAGAUCUAGAAUUGUUCCCGAACUCCCGCUUCACUCAAAAACCUUUGUUCCACUUCCAUUUCUUCUUCCUCUCAAUUUUGCCUCCUACUACGUGACAUACCUCUGGCCACACCUCUCGGGGGCAAAUAUUUUUGGACCCCCCCCCCCUCUUCCCCGCGUGGAGGGCUGUUUGGCUAUUCGCUAUUUGCGCAGGGGUCAAGCCGUCGUCUCUAAUAACUUUUAGUAUUUCCAAACAUUUUCAAGAACGCCAUAAAACUUUUCCUGGCUCAUUGAACUUUUCCACUUUCCCCGUACCUAAUUAGUCUGUCUCCACAUGAGCUCCUUCCGAAAUUCUUCACACACAACAGUGUAUCAGGUCGAAAAAUGUUGAAUUAUUCAUCGAUCUCCACCAUAUAUAUAUAUAUAUAUAUAUAGAAGGGACCGCGCAAAAACACCAUUAGCCUCUCUUCCGCGCAGAGCCCCCCAGAGCCCGAUAGAGCACACAAAAACAACAAAGGACCACACUGAUCGUUCGUUUUUUUUUGCAGCGCCCGUGUUCGUCUCGACUACGCGGUGCCCGUCCGGCGGCGCGCGGCGGAACAAUCAAAAAUCAACCGGUGGGGACCACUAUCAUCGGCAGAAGACGCGCAUCGACGCCAUCGGAUCGCUUCUCUCGCUGCCGAGCCACGACGAGGUCGCCAACACUAUUGGUGAGCACUUUUUGUUGAUUUUUUCAAUUGGUAGGCAUAUCUUCUUGGUCCCACAUGUUGGAGAUCGUGAGCACUUUUUGUUGGUCCUUAGAGGUUGGAGCCUUACAAAGGACUUGGUAGAAGUACGCAACUUUUACGCAACUUUUCGUCUGAACUUUGCGCAGACUUUUAACAACUUUUGCACAAACUCUCUUGCCCAAAUCUUUUUCCCAAAACCCCUAUUCUCUGUUCUCUUCGUUUUCGAGAAGGUACUUGACCAGGCUGUGAGCUUUUUUGAUACAUUUGGAACUGGACCGGAGGUGAUCCAACUCACCGAACUCUGGUUUCAUACUGGCCUAACUUUUCAUGCAAAACCUAGGCCAGCGCUGGAUCGCUGGCCAUCUCCACUGAUCCGAAAGAUCUUGCCAUUGUGCGGCCGGCUAUUGUGAAUGGAAUUCAUUAUCUUCCUCUUCUCCUCCUUUCUCCUUUCACCUUCUUCUUCUUCUUCUUCUUCCAGUUUCAUUCUUUUCAACCUCGUAUCAAGUGCAAAAAGCAAGAAUCCCCCAUUCAUCUUGCUCUCAUGUCACACAUUAUUCAAUCAACCAAAAGGGCCUUCUCGUUUUCAAAUCAGGCGAAGCUAAUCAAACAGAGUGCGUCGGUUAUUACAGGAAUGGAGUCGGAUUUGGAGAAGGGACUCGAAAAGGACGUCUCACAACUCGGCAUCCUUUGUCAUCACUGCUCCACCACCGAUUUGACGUGUCCCAAGACGCAGAAGGUAGGUUUUUUAUUCAAAUCGAUAUAUCUCACGUGCCAGUAGAGACGUCAAAAAUAUGUUAAUUGAGAAAGUGUGCACAAUUUCUUGAUGAACAAUAUAUUAGUUGACAACUUUUUGAUAAGUCUACCAACAGUUGAGAUAUCCCCACAAAGUUACAAUAGUAUUUUGUCCCUUUGGCCGCCGUUUAUUCAAAUUGCUAUAUCUCAGCUGCCAUUAGAGAUAUGAAAAAAUUGCUAACUGAUAUAUUGCUCACUACAAAAUGUAGUAGAUUUUCUCACCUGACAACUUUUCAAUAUCUUUACCGAGAACUGAGAUAUAUCGUCUUGAAUAAACAAUAUUUUGGAGUGUCGUUCUAUCACUGUUUUCGCGCCUUACUUUCAUAAACUUUUUACCCAGCACUAAAUAGGUAACAGGUUCAAGUCCCUAAGAUUUCCUUAAAAAUUCCAAUCAACUCGCCUAAAUUUUCAAAUCGCAUCUGUCCAGGUGAUGUGACAUCACUGAGGGGGUCAUUACUUUUCCAUUUUACCUUCUCUCAAGGGCGUUCUCCCCACCAAAACCGACGAAUGUCUCAAGUUAAUCGUGCCACGCGGGGACAGGUGCACAACCAUUUGCGACGCCCAUUCUUUCUCUCCUUCCCAAUAUUACCUAUUCUCAUUUCCUGCAUCCAUCCACAUUAUUCGUACCCCUAUUCUCCUGCUAAGCCCGCUAAGAAUGAUUAUGGUUUGUUCUCCAUCAUCCGUGUUCCUUUCCAAUCCCCUUUCCUAAAUCCCUUCUCAUUUCCAGGAACUGCCAUCCCCGUCCGCCUCGUCCGUUUACUCGUUGGCCCGAUCGGAUAUGUCGAACGAGCCGCUGUGCAGGAUCUGUCAUUGCUGUUGGCCGCCCGACUCGAACGAUCCGCUGAUCUCGCCGUGCCGAUGCUCCGGAUCACUGCAAUACGUUCAUGUAUCGUGCCUAAUGGUGAGCUUUUGUUAUUCGACGUAUAUCUCGUCUGCCGAUGGGAGCCGUAGAACAUUUUUUGGUUCUACAGUACUCAUUCAAAGUUUUUUAAACCGAGCAUCUCUAGUUCUGGCAACUUUUUGGGCAGCUUUAAGACCCGCCAAUUUGCAGCACUGGCUCGACAUCUCGUCGCGAAAGCUACACCGACCCGCGAUCUGCGAACUGUGUCUGUACAAGUACCGAAGGCGUCGUGUCCUCAAAGUAUGUCCCCCUGACCUAUUCAACUAUUUGCUCUAACCCCGCAAAAGCCGUUGCAGUACCGUGAGAUGAAGCUUCCGCAGUGCGCGCAGGCCGACAUCCGCUACUACACACUUUUCGUCGUCGCCAUUCUUCUGAUGAUCCUCUCCGCGUUCGCCACCGUCGUCUGUUUUCAGCUCGAGAAGAGUUACGGCCUGCAAGGAGAGCUCAGGAAUCGGUAAGUUCCAAAACGCUUGUUGUACUAUAUCAAUCUUCCAAAAGCUACAGUGUGCUUAGGAGAGAUGAUACACAAAAGUUGUCAACUACUAAAUAAAAGUACACAUCUAGAACUGAAUUUAAAUAAAUGACCACUCCUUUGCACAAACACUCCCAACAGUACUGUAGCUCUUCAAAGUUGGCACUAAAAUACGUGCGCUUCUCGGUAGCCCGAUCUUUCAAGAGUUACAGUAGUUUUCGGAGUACUUGUACAAAAAAGUUGUCAACGACAAAAUUAAAGUACAUGUCUAAAAUUGUAUUUUUGUAGUUGACCAAUUUUUUGUUUGACUACUCCCAAAAGUACUGUAGAUCAUGGAAGGUAAGGCUCUGUAGAACUAGUAAAAUUCCUAGGCAACUUUCAAAGAGCUACAGUACUCCAGACAGUGGUUGUACAAAAAAGUUGUCAACUACAAAAGUGAAGUGCUAGAGGUCAAGAUUAUGCCCCAAAAAAUGUGGACCGUUUUCAGAACAUUAUCGCCGUUGAACGUGGAAGGUGUGGCCAGCGAUCUCGGGCCUCCGCCCCCGCAUCCAACGGCGCCAUCAGAAGAGACGACGCCGAGUGUGGUGUUAGGCGCCAGAAAACGAAUCGGUAAACCAGUUGGCUCAAUUGAAUAUUGUCCAUCCCGAUGGAUUUCAGGUGAUAUAACUGUGAGCGCCUCCUCUUCCGGCUCCUCAAAAGACGAGUACAAUCGACGCGACGACGCCGAAAACAUUCUGUCGACGGUGACGUUAAUCGCCGCGAUGGUCUUCUUUCUCAGCUUCUUUCUCGCCAUGUAUGCUCAUGUUAAGGUAUGGCCUAGAAAACUCUCGGCCACUAACAUCUUCUUUUCUUUCUCAGUCGGGUCUUUCAUUUUGCGGUUAUUUGACACUGUGCUGGAGUUCGAAUUUGGAGUGGUCGAUCGAAGAGUACAAGCACUCGCGCGACACACAAUAUCUCAACAAACUCGAAGAGUUGCGGCGGAAAAUUAAUGGUAAGAACUUCUAUGAUCUUUGUGCGAACGUUUUAGGAACUUCCUAGUUUUACUCAUUUUUCUUGCAGAAAAACAAAAGAAGGCGGCCGACGAGGUGGAACCGUUGAGAAGUUCGGUGAUUGUGCUCGAAUGA